CGCGGGGAGCGGGGCGCGGGGCGCGGUGAGGCGCGCUGCUACUCCAGCACGACGAUGCGGCCGUUGCGGUAGGCGGUGCGCGGCAUCUUCUGGUAGCCGUAGCCGGACGCACUGCUGUAGGAGGGCGGGCGCGGCUGCAGCGGCUGCGCGGCGUCGGGCGCGGAGGGCGCGGGGGCGCGGGGGGCCCGCGCCGCCAGCAGCGCGGCCGCGGCGCCCAGCAGCUGCAGCAGCGGCAGCAGCGCGCCCAGCACUAGCGCCACGUACGCGUUGCGCGGCGCGUCCUCGCUCGCCUCCUGUAUGAGCUCGUCGACGCGGUGCGGCAGCGGAUGCCAGCGCGCCAUGUAGUCCAGCAGUGGGCGCAGGUGGUCGCUGAGCUCGAGCGCCUCGGCCAGCUGGCGCGCCGCCUCCGACUGCUGCCACGCCACCACCUGCAUGGCCAGCCAGCCGCAGAAGGCCACCUCGCCCAGCACCAGCAUCGUCAUCAGCGCCGCGUACACAUAGAGCAGCAGGGCGCGGCGGGGGCGCGGCAGGUGGGCCGCCGCCGCCGCCAGGUGCGCCAGCGCCAGCAGCGUGGCGCCGCCCGCCGUCAGCACGACGCACGCCACGCGGUACUCCGCCGGGAACAGCUCGCGCAGCGCCAGGUACGUGCUGGGGUCCCACUUCAGGCGCGCCGCCGUGGCCAGCGCCGCUCCGCCGUACAGAGUGAGCAGCAGGUUGACGUGCGGCAGCAGCACGGGCGCCGCGCGCCGGCACAUGGCUGCUCGGAGUCGCGGGGCCCGGGGAGUGCGCGGGGCCUGCCGAGUGCGCGGGGCCCGGGGAGUGCGCGGGGCCUGCCGAGUGCGCGGGGCCCGGGGAGUGCGCGGGCCUGCCGAUACCGCAGCUUAUCUUAUCACUGAUAUCUCCGCGGGCCGCCCGACGCGCCGCUCGACACUUGUUGUUCUAUUUUCCUGUAAUCUCUGGUGCUCACAUCUACUUAUAGCCAAACAACUUAACGUAAACAAACAAAGCAAUUUUUCUGAAAGUGGUCCGCGGCGGCGGCGGCGCGGCGUUAGCACAACAGAACUGAAACGACUGCUUCAGCCGCUACAAUCUGUAGAUAAGCCACACCCGCCACGCGUCCUCUGUGAUAUCAUCGAUAACUAGGUACCUAGCUAUCAACAUCAAGAAUUCGGAAGCGAAAUUGGUUCAUAUAUUUACAAACCUUAUAGAAAUUAAAACUCAUAUAAUUGCAG